AUGUCGAGUUUAUCCCAACAGUUAAAGUCAAUUAACGAGAAGACUGCCUCUGUGGCGUUGGAUAGAAAAUCUCGUUCGAAGAUACAUUCAAGGUCACUUAUAUUUGACCCUAAAGUUGCAUCGACUCAGGAUUAUGAUUACAUAUAUCAAAUUGGGUUAGAGGGUUUAGAAGAUCUUAUUGAAAUAGACUCUAGAUUUAGUAAAUUCAAGCAAACAUUGUUUUCUGAAACUACUAUUAACUUGGACAGAAAUGUUCAAACUCAAGAUACUUUGGAUCAAUUAAACAAGAAUGUUGAAGUUUUCUUGUCAUUAGUUAGUCCUUAUUAUUUAUUAACCCCUUCGAUCAAAGCAAUCGAAUGGUUAGUAAGAAGGUUCUAUAUUAAUAUCCAUAAUGGAGAAAUGUUAUUACUCACAAGUUUGCCAUUUUACAAUUCAUCAGUUUUCGUCAAAAUUUUGAAUGUAAUUCCAAAGAAUCAAUUCCCAAAGAUUUUUGAAUGGGUUGUUGGAUAUAAGGACUUAUUGAAAUCUCCAACAUCUAGUUCUAUUUUGAAGUCGUUCCAUAAUGAUGUAAAAUUUUUCGAAUUAUAUUCUAAGUAUUUGGUGGAUCAGGUAAACAACCAUGCUGUUUUUAAAGAACAGUUAGUUUUCUAUUUGGCAAACACGGUUCAAUUAGUUGCAUCUUUCACUCAUAACUUAGGCGAAUUUGGUGAAACAUACUUGCCAGUUAUUUUGGAAGUUGUGGGAAAAUUACUUUUGGUAGACACGAAGUUUUCAUUUACUUUGCGUAAUGAUAUAAGAUUAACUGCCUACUCAAUAAUUUCAGUUCUCAGCUCUCUUAUACCUUUGAGACCUGAUUUAAUCAAAUCAUUUACUGAGUCAAUAUUGCAAGAUCCUACUGCAUGCGACUCUAAUACUCGCAAGCAAACUGUGAUCGUAUUAGGUCA